GUAUGCGUUGAAAGAUUUAGAUAUUGAGGGUUGGUGAUGUCAAGAAUUUGGUGACUUGUUUAUCAUGUGAUGGAAAACAUUAGACUUUUAUGGAUAAAGAAGAGACUACUUUUUGAUUUUCUUGUUUUUUAGCUAUGCAGUCUUUCAUGUAAAACCCUCUACUACCCAUAGGAAAAAUAAAGUGGAGAAACUGGUUUCAGCACCUCAGGUUGUAACAGGGAAUUACUUAAUUAGUUCCUGUCAAAUUGAAAUUUUUAAUUUUAUUAGUCUUUGAGGUCUGUUCUCCAUUUUACUAUUGGUUUUGGUUAGUGUUAGAAUAUUUUCUGAUGCUGCUGGCUUGUAAGACCCAAAGGUGAUGGAUAAGAAACUAAAUUGACUGCUAAAAAACCUUGCUUUGGGUCAAGGUUAUGGGUUCAGACAUCUGCAGUAGCUCAGCAAACUACCAAUUUGGCCUAUCAAAAGAUAAAAAGGAAGUUGUUCCUUGUCAUUGUUUCCCUUUUUCUGUGUCCUGUUAUUGAGAGGUUAUACAUUCUUUUCAGCUGAAAAGGAUCCAACAAAAGGCAUGGGUUCUGGAUGGGAACGGUUUGAAUUCAACAAAGAUGCUCCACUUGAUGACGAGGAAGUUGAAGCUGCUGGAGAUGAUGCAGCCAUACUCAAGCACAUUGGUCAGAGCUUUCGGUUUUCUGCAAUAGAGACAAGAAGGGAGGAACAAAUUAAGGCUGCUCAUGACGAGGCCAUUUUUGGAUCCUCAACUGUUCCCGUUUCUGUUACUGUAAACAGUGAAUCCGAGGAGGAAGACAAGAAAAAGGAUAGCAACAACAAUGGUCUUGCUGCAAGCCUCCUAAGUGAAAGAGUACUUGCAAAGCAGCCAGGUUCUUGGCGUGAUCGUGUUCGUAAGGCAUAGUGAUCAAUCUGAUCACCAAUCUAGGAUACAAUGACUAAAGGAAUCAAUGCCACCAGCUUCUGGGUAAAUAAUCAGACUUCAGAUGUAAAUAUUGUGGCAGCCAACAAGCAAUGCACUAUUUCUAGUGAUAGCAAACCCAGCAUGGCAGCAUGCAUCGGCAGAACACCAAGAAUCUUCCAUUGCAGCUCCUAUUGUACUUCACAUGAAGCCGUGCGAAGCAGUGAUGAGAAAAUCAUACGUUGUAGCAUGUCGGUUCCUUGAGUAAACCCUCAAAUAGUUUGCCCUUACUAUAUGCGCUUUGAUCUUGGGCGUAAAGAAGAUUAUCGCUUUCCAUUCCUUUGUCCUCUCCUCCUUAAUGCAGUGCAAGUGGGAUUUGAUCUUGAAUUAUUGAAUUGUAGUCUUGAUAUUUUUAAUCUUUGAACGAGAAUGGUUAUGUGGUAUCUCCAUGUUUUGCUGUGAGGAAUGCAAAAGUUGUUUCAUUUUGCGUUCUGUUGAGUCUAGAAUUUUUGUAAUUUUUGAGAAUGACUAUAACUGAUUUAUUUUUGGAUAAAUCGGGGUUAUAAGGUAGAGUUUGUUAAGCCAACGAUUUAAAAGUAUUUUAAAGGUAAUUUUCAUCCAAUAGAAAUAAAAAAUUUUGAGUUUA